GCUGAGGAGAAACGGAGGCGGAAUACCGCCGCGUCUGCCCGCUUCCGCGUCAAAAAGAAACAAAAAACACACAACCUCGAACGGACCGUCUCCGAACUAACCGGCCGCGUCGACGAGCUCGAGCAGGAAGCUUCCGACCUGCGACGAGAGAACGGAUGGCUGAAGGAGAUCGUG